ACGAAUUUAUCUUCUGAUUUCCUUAUCGUAACUCAAAUAACAGUGAGCCGGGUAUUCCCUUUAGAAUUCACAGUAUAAUGUGGACCCGGGUAAGGGCGAUAAAAAAAUAUUGCAAGAUUUUUCAACGACGUGCGAAGAAUGAGUAAUAUUAAUGAUAUCAUACAUAGGACUUCAAUGUUUGCAUCAUUAAGUCAGUGAUUAUUGCCAUCUUCGAUUUAUUUCCUCGUCUGUUUUAUAAGAACGAUGUUAUUACGUUGUGCGGCGUUGUUUUUGUUUCUAAAUGUUGUGAGGACAUCUGAGGUUGCUGGUCUGAGUAAGGAUUUUGUUAGUAAUGUUAACGCGAGAUACUCGUUAUGGCCGUCGAUUCACCAUGGAAUUAGAUUGAUGACGAUACGUAAGCGCGAGGUGGAGGCGCAAACGACACUGAAGCCUGAAGUACCCUCUGGCCAGGCUGUGGUGCAGGUUAAUUCAGGAAACCAGGGCCCAAGUGAAGGUCAAUCUGCUGCCCAGAGCGAAACUAAGAUUUAUGUGAAUCCUGUUCUGCCCCCUCAGUCUACUGAUAAGCCUCAGUCUCCUAAUAUUGUCUCUGAAUCGUCUCUGUUGGUUAAAUCUCAUGUGUCGCCAAGUAAUAUAACCAAAAAUGAUAAGGAUGGAGAAAAAGCUGCAAUUUUGGAUAACAAAACAGUGCACAAACUUGAUAAAGCAAACACAACAAGUGAUAAUUCAACCAGUAUAGUUGAUGAUAAAACAAAAGUACAUAACACAACAGCUACAGAACCACCUAAAAUCAACCUAAGUGACCCUGGAGUUGUCAAACGGGCUGCUAUAGUAUUUGGUGGAUUUGCUCUGCUGGCAAUGGCAUACUACUUCAUAAUAUACAGGAAAAAAGCCAACACCAGUGAUGCUAAAAAUACACACAGCUCAAUUGAUCCUAAUCAAUUCCGCUAUGGUGUUUUACAAUCAGAAGACAACAGAAGUAACAUGGAGUUAUCCCGGGUGCCGCUAACAAUGGAAUCGGAUGAGGAUGACGAUGAAGACUUGGAAAUAUUCGACCUAGGGCAGAAGAAAAAGUCACUAUCAUAUAUCAACUUAGAACAACAUGAUGAAGAUAUUGUCUUAAAUGACUCAAGAAGUAUAGAUAUAGAGAAUCUCCUUGUGGACAUUGAUGACACGAAUACGGACACUCUGAUUAACUGGUCAGGCAACGGUAGUAAGUCAGUGUUAUAAUAAGUGUCUAGCUGGAUAGCAUUCUCUGAAAUAUUUAAUUUAUUUUAUUAAUUGAUUUAUUCAUAUAAAAUAUGUGUACAAUCCUUAGAAAAGGUUACUGGGAAUUAAAUUUCAAAUGGGGACAAACGCAAAUUUUAUAUGAAUCAACACGAAAAAUGUUGCAUUUAAGAGCAUCUUAUUGAUAAAUUGUUGUAAUUAGACAGGAUGUAACUAUAUGUCUAAUUAGUAGGUAAUUUGAAUAUGAUUAAGCGCCUAACUGCUGAGCAGAGAGCUCUCGUAAAGGGAAUAACAAGCUUAAAAUUUGUAAAAUAGGGUAUAAUGUUAAAUGAUUGUGUAGAUAGCGCUUAGUUUGGUACAUAUUACAUCAAGACCAUGACUUUGAAAUAUGACGAGACUCAAUGAGUGUCUUGCAUACCAUAGCAGCAAACUAUUUGGUGGCAUCACUACAAUAGUUUCAGUUUGUUCAUAUUUAGUCUUAUUUGAUAACAACGCGUGUAACCGGCGUCUUACGUAAGCGAACAAUUCGCGAACGCCAAGCGACGCGGCGCAGCGGGCCCACUGCAUUCGCGUUCGCAACGAGAUCGUCCACGUAGGACACUUCUACGUAUCAAAGGAUUGAUUCACCCCGCGCCGCAUCGCUUCGCGUUCGCGUGUUGUUCGCCUAAGUAGUACUUACGCUGCGGAACUAGCCGGAUUUUGCUUCGUUUUAUUCUUGACCUUGUCUACGCGUGAAAUAAAGGAAACUUGGCGUUAUUUGUGAUAAACUCGUUGUUAUAGAAAAUUUCGACACUACCCGUAAUUAGUAAGAUUAGUACGGCUACCAUCAGUAUGGUACUGACAUAAA